AUGGCUGUUCCGCAAGGGAACGAAGAUGAUGGAACACCGUUAAAAAAUUUGGUACCCCUAAUCCCAUUUGGACCGUCUGAGGUUCUAAUAGAAGGAAUACCCAAUCUUUUCACGGGAACCGUAUGCCAGAAAUCAACCCCUGCUAAAAGAGAGAUCUUUUCUGAUAAUGUUAAUUCUUGA